AUGGCGGAAUCACUCGGAAAGUCCCACAUGGACUCGGUCGCAAGCGCCUCAAACGUUCCUACUUCCGUCUCCUUCACUCCUCCACAAAAUCUCGAACUCGAUUCCAAAGCUACCGCUGCCUCAGAUUCGAUCCCAAUAAAGCAAGAGGAACAAAUACAUGAGGAAGAAGAGGUCGUGCCCGAUCAUUACUAUGGCGAUGGAAAGAUUCCUGUUUUCAAGCCCACAAUGGCUCAAUUCCGUGAUUUCCAGUGGUAUGUCAAGAGGAUCGAUAAGUACGGAAUGAAAGCUGGUAUUGUCAAAGUCAUCCCUCCAAAAGAAUGGAUCGAUUCCCAAAAACCGCUGGACGAGCAAGUGAAGACCAUCCGUGUGAAGAACCCAAUUAUCCAGGAGUUUCAUGGAUCACAUGGCACCUACACCCAGGCCAACAUCGAACGCCCGCGCACAUAUAACCUGCCGCAAUGGAAGAUUUUGUCCGAGGAAAGCAGUCACCAACCUCCAGCCCGUCGGGGAGAGAGACGUCGCAAUCAGGAACGAGUGAACCGUGCGGCUCCCACCCCUCGCCCCCAGUCUGCUAAGCCAGAGGGGCAGAAGCGUCGACCUGGACGCCCUCCUAAACGCCAGAAUCAAGUUAAAGUCAAAGAGGAACCUGUCGAUGAAGACGAAAAGUCCAAAAGUGAAGGACCGCCGACACCCGUUUCACCCGAAUCGAACCCCGUUGAAAGCAAAACUGAGGAUUUGAGCGACGGUGAAUCUCUUCCGGCUGCUAAACCCAAGGGAAGGCAGCCGAAAUCUGUAACAUCGAGACGAAAGAACAACCGAAGAGAGCCGGUGGAUCCGUUUGAGGAGCCAGCUUUUGAAGGGUUCGAUUACCGCAUAAACGAUCAUGCGGAUUAUACGGCUGAGAGAUGCGAGGAGCUUGAGACUGCAUACUGGAAAUCGUUGAUGUUCAACAACCCCAUGUAUGGUGCCGAUAUGCCUGGCUCGCUUUUUGACGACUCGACAACUUGUUGGAAUGUCGCAAAGCUGCCCAAUUUGCUUGACGUACUUGGGCAAAAUGUGCCGGGAGUGAAUACUGCCUAUCUGUACCUGGGAAUGUGGAAGGCCACAUUCGCUUGGCAUCUGGAAGAUGUUGAUCUCUACAGCAUUAACUAUAUUCACUUUGGUGCCCCCAAACAAUGGUACAGCAUUUCCCAGGAGGAUGCGCCACGGUUUGAGGCGGCCAUGCGCAGUAUCUGGUCCAGUGAUGCCAAAACUUGCGACCAGUUCCUUCGCCACAAGACUUACCUCGUCUCACCUAGCUUGCUCAAAUCCCAGUACGGAAUCACUGUGAAUCGCCUCGUUCACUAUGAAGGAGAGUUUGUCAUUACAUUCCCAUAUGGCUACCACUCCGGCUACAACCUUGGUUACAACUGCGCCGAGUCCGUCAAUUUUGCAACCGAGAAGUGGCUGGAGUACGGCCGCAUUUCGCAUAAGUGCAACUGCGAAGCCGACAGUGUCUGGAUCGAUGUGGAUGAGCUACAGCGCAAAUUGCGGGGCGAAUCAACGCCCUUUUAUGGCUAUGAAAGUGAAAUGGAAAACAUCGAAUGUGCCUCGGAUCUCCUCACACCCCCACGCAGCGUACCUGAAAAAGUAUCCACUCGUGGUCGAAAGAGGAAGAAUGUGGGCGAUGGACCGAGUACUAAACGACCUAAGCUCCACCCUGAAGGACCGCGGAAGCUUCCGUGCCUACUGUGCCCUAACGAUCUCGAUUACGAGGAUCUACUACCGACUGAAGAAGGCAAGGGCCAUGCACAUCGACGGUGCGCGGACUACAUUGAAGAGACUAGCAUUCUCCGUGAUGAUACCGGAAACGAGGUGGUUUGUGAUAUCGACAAAAUCCCUAAAGCACGUCUCGGCUUGAAGUGUCUUUUCUGCCGCGAGGUUCGAGGCGCAUGCUUCCAAUGCAACUAUGGCAAAUGUACUCGGGCGUAUCAUGCGACCUGUGCGAUUCUUGCCGGUGUACAAGUUGAGACUGGAUCCAUUGCUGUGAUUGCUGACGAUGGGGUCCAUUAUUCCAUGGCGAGCGUCGACCUUAAAUGCAAGUUUCACCGCCAGAAACGCCCAUCGGGUCUUUUGAGCGAGUCUUCGGACCUGGAUCGCCGUGUGAUUGAAGCUGCUCGUGGCCUCACCUCGGGAAAUUUGAUUCAAUUCCAAGCCGAUAGGGAAAUUAACGGGGCAAUUGUGCUUCAGAACCGUUCAAAAGAGCGAACUCUUUUGCUCAAGGUUCUUCCACGAGGUGAUGUAAUCGAGAUGCCAUAUCGAUGGAUGCUCGUUGUUCGCAAGAGUAAUUUUGUACCUCUUGCGCACGGAAUCCAACCCCUCCCGGCCCACUUGGUGCGAAAACCGGAACAACGAAAAGACCUUGAGGCGGCAAUACCAGCCAUAGGAAGUAGCGCGUUUGGAGACAACCGAUCUCCCUAUCAAUGGGCUGAAUUUGAGACGGUGGAUGUAACUAAUAAUCCAUUCGCUCCACUGGCUACAGUCAAUUUUGGAAAAGGAGAGCAGGUGUGGUAUUACUUGGGCGCCAACUCCACAGAGAGUAGGGCACAGUAUACACACAACCCUACUGCCCCCAUCCACAACCCGCGGUCCAAUUUCCUGGAUAGCGUGAAGUCGCUUGUGGCUGGUGGUGCCAGUACUCGUGCAUCGAAGAUCUCACCCCACCACCAUUUCCAUGCUUCCACCGCCCCUGCCCCUCCGUAUCAGCAAAAUAUUUUGUCCCAACAAAUACCACGACGACACGAACAUCCAUACAGAGUGAAUCAUACCGCCCCUUACCUGCAAUCCCGACCGCCUUACCCUUCUACCUCCGCACCCCUGCAGUACCUCGCUCCUCCCCCUCGUCUCCCUGCUGCUGGUGCUGGUGCUGCUGCUGGUCGUCUUGCGAUGCCGUCGGCCUUACGAUCUUUGCCGAAUCAAUCCGCACGUCAUUCCCCUUACCCUUCGCCCUCGGUCGUAAUUAAAUCGCACGCUCAGCAGCAGCAACGCCCCCCAUCUCCCGUUCCUCAGUCCGAAGUUCGUGAUAUCAUUGCCCGUCGCCGACUUGUUCAGAUCACCGAACAUGCCAAUGUCUUCGCCGGAUAUACCAUCGUCAGUCCCAAGAUGGUGGUGGACACCCUGCUGGGUCCCAGGGGCUCGGAUCCUCCCGCCAAUGGCCUUGAGAAGCUUGAACUUGCUAUGGCCCAACAGCGUGUGCAGCCGCGUGCAGCCGAUGGUACCUUGUUACCUCUCCAAAUCCUUAACAUGAGGUCCGAGGAGGUAACCCGGUUACUUCAGAUGCUUCGUUUCUCGCUGGUUAGUCACCGUGAGCGAUUAGACGUCAUUCAGAAGAAAGAAUCGGGAGGUAUCAAGCUGGAGUCUAUCGAUCAGAAUAGCGUAUUGGCGGCUAAAAUGCCCGGCAAAUAUGCAUUCCUCGACCGACAACGAGAAACUGUCCCAACAGUUUAUCAGUCUCCGUAUGACAUGCCAUCAGGUCUUUCGGAGUAUGCUAAAACUGCAUAUGGUCUGAUCCCUUCUGCGGAUGAGCCUCCCAAGCCGUCCUUGGCCAAUGAUUAUUUUUCUUCUCUCUGCCAGGCCGACCAGGAAAAGAUCAUGAAAACAUGCGGGGGCUUCGUACAGCGUGGUUUUGAUCGGUCGGUCAGUCAUAGUCGCCAGAGCUCAUCGUCGAAUCUUAGAUUAUCGUCAGCCCUCGCCAUGCAGACAGAAAACCCGACAAUCGAUAUUACGACUGUUGAUGACCCACCAUUGACUGGCCUCGACCUGCCUCUACAUGCAGACUCACCGUGCUCCAAUUUUGGUCGGUCGCAUCUGCGGCUUCAGUCGCCCAAUGAGUUCCCCAUUCAUGGUCCUGAACCCCACCCGGAUCAUAACGAUCUGUUUGGGGAUCAGCAGGCAAAUACCCGUUUCUGGGCCAAUGGGCCAUGGGCUGCUGGUGAUGGCAACACUCCAAAUGAGGAGGAGAACCGGCCAUUUUUCGGACCACACGAGCGACUCAAGCAUGACUAUGCCUCAUCUGAUAUAUCGAUGAGUAAAGGCCCGGGGUCUUUACAUUCUGUCGACAUGGCUGGCUUUGGCUUUGACGGGCCCGAUGACCUGCUCAAUGGGUUUAGCCCCUAG